AUGAAAGAGGAGCCAGAGGAGCAGACGCCCAGGCAUCAGCGCCUAUUGUCAUUCUGCUGCACUGCCUCCAAUGUGCUGAUUAUGGCUGCAUCAUUCAGCCUGACAAGCUUGUUCCGACAGCCGAGCAUGCCAACCCACACCCCUCUCCCCCUGUCUCCCCCCUCUCCUCCUGCCAGCGCCAACAAAAGCCCUGAUGAAGGCGGCCCUGAUUGGAGCGAGGAGCGCAGGCCGAAUGCAGAGCGAUCGCACAAAAAGACCAGCGCGGAAAGAGCAGAGAGCAGCAAUUAA